AUGUCAGCCCGGGCUAAAGAGACUUGCGCGCAUUUGCUUACGUCAUUUGCGGAGAGUUUGUUCACUGCGGCAACGUAUGAAAGUACAACAAUGAAUUCCCACUUUAGGCUAGCGUUGCGCAGAGCGAUAGUCAUUGUGAGCACCACGAGGUGUUGGACGUCUACAAGAAGAGAGCUCGUUCUUGCGAGAGAACAGCGAAUUCAUACUACACCCAACCACUCAUCCAUCAUAUCCGUCUAUACAGCUGUGGACUUGCAAACAAAAUCAUAUCCUAUUGAAACCUCUUCUACAUCCGCCACCAUGACAAAGUCAACUCAUUCCUCAAAGAACACCUCCAACAGCAGGACGCGAAGAAUCUACAGCUCUCUCGGCUUCAGUAAAGCAUACAACUUCGUCUUCUACUUCAUCUUCGCCGGUGCGCUUCUCGGCUUUGCACUCGCCCGAUUCAUGUACCUCAACUUCAACGGGCAAUUCUGCGCGCCGAACCCUGCGUCAGGAGACUCCGCUGCGCCCGGCGAAUGCUACUACUACACACGCUUCACGCGCGACAAGAUCGGCAUCAUGCUGCAUCUUGCCGGGAUCCUGCCCGCCAGCCUUCUUGUUGUGCUGCAGUUCACGCCCUUCAUUCGUCAUCGGUGGAUUCUCAUUCACCGCAUUUCGGGGUACGUAGCUGUGCUUCUGUACAUUGUGAGUCUCGUGGGUGCGCUGAUGAUUGCACGACAUGCUUUCGGCGGAGGUCUGGAUGUGCAAGUCUGGGUCGGUUUCGUUGGGAUUGGAGUUCUCAUCUGCUUCAUCCUGGCUAUUGUCAACGUGAAGAGGCUGCAGAUCGAGCAGCAUCGAGCUUGGAUGUUGAGAGGGUGGUUCUACGUGCGUCUUCCCUUUCUGUAUCUUGACAUGCUGAGAAGCGCUCUUGCUAACACAACGCAGGCUGGUUCUAUCAUCACGAGCCGAUUUGUUAUGAUCAUCGCCGCAAUGCUUGUAUCCAACAAAGACUACUACAUCGUCUGGCCGUGUGCGAAGAUUGCGGCCACCAUUGCCGAUGGGAUGGACUUGGCGUCCGAGUACCCUGCUUGCGCAUCUUACGCAGAUGGCAGCAACCUGGCUCAAGUAUCUGCAGUCCUUGCAGAUAUGGAUGGUACCUCUUCAGUGAAUGCGGGCGCUGCGUUGAAUGUCAACUUUGGCAUGGCUUUGUGGCUCGCUUUCGCGAUACAUGCAGUUGGCAUCGAGGUCUAUCUGCACCUUACCCCGAAAGAAGCUGAGCGACUGAGACAAGUCAGCUACACACGACAGCUAGAAGCUGGUAUGAGCAACCCAGGCUCCGCGGGUCUGACUGCCGAUCGACUUGGUGAUGCAGAGAAGUGGGUCGCUGAGGACGUGAAAGCCAGCAACAGUAAGCCAGCGAAAUUGGAAGAUCGUUUCGUGGAUGGAGGUACCAAAUAG